CUGGGGCAGGCUGACAUUAAGCUGGAACUCACCCAAAAAUCAGUCAUCCCGGAUCACAACCGAGGGGACUGAAAACUUUUUUUUUCCCCUUAACGAUGUCGGAGCAUGAAUGCGAAGCUGAUGAGGAGCAGCUGGCAGACAUCUCAUCCCAGGACUAUCUCAGAGGAGCUGAUAAAGAAUCUUUUCUGGGGAGAAAGCCAACCUCAGAAGAUGAGCUGGAAGAGACGGGAGCAGCCUUGGCAGCCACAUCGGGCCCUCCCAAAUACUCAGGAAUUUCUGCAGAGUGGCUGGAGAAACUACAAAUAGAGGAGAGACGAGAGAAGGCCAAACAGGAUUUUAAAGAGUUUCCAGAUCUGGGGGAACUACAAUCCGGAGUUACUAGACAUCAGAAAAAAAAGAAACUCUCUGCUUGGCAACAGGAACAGCUAAUUAAGGAUAAAUUACAAAUCGCAGAAGCCGUCAGACUGUAUCGUGAAGCGAAAGAGCGACAGAGAGAUCGUGAAAGGUCACCUUCAAGAAGUGAAGGAAGUCGAAUGUCAACUCGCGAAGAAUUCCUGGCCUGCUUUCAGGUUGCCAUAGGCAGGGGGAUGGGAAAAUCAAGCCUCACAGCUGCAUCAAGCAACUUGCAUUUCAGUCAAAAUGAAGCACAUUCCAGCGGCAACAUCAAGGUCAUCCCCAGGGGUACCCACAGUGGCCGGAGGGAGUGACUUCUACAACCCACGGAAUUGCUUCAUUGGGGAAUGUGACUGAUGAGACAUCUUGUGGGGAGGGGGAAACAGCAUCAGAGCCAAAGUGUGAAUUAAGUGAGAUCAGAGUUGGCUUCUCUUGGAUUGUGCUGACAUGAAGCUCCUAAUAAAUAACUGAAUUUCUUUUGAAGCUUGGUUUGUGGCUCAUGAAUUAAUUAGGGCAUCAGUUGGAACCUUGACAGCUAUUACAUCAGACUGAGGAACAUUCUUAACAUUCUUCUGUUCUUUGUUGAAUGAAUAGAAGGUCAACUUAUUUAGCAUAGAUUGGGAAGCCCAAUUGUGAAUAAUAUUACAUGUAUUGCAGUGGUGGUAUUCAGCCGGUUCUAUCCAGUUUGGGCGAACCGGUAGUGGUGGCUGCAGGAGGCUCCUCCCACAUGACCAAACAUCAUCACAUCCCAUUUUUGAUGCUCUGUGCAUGCGCAGAGGUGUCGCACAUGAGCGAAGCCAGCGCUCAUGUGAGCUCACAUAGGUGAAUCGGUAGCGAAGGUAAGUCAAUACCACCCGAUGUAUUGCUGACAAUAAGCAUUGUAUGAGUUUUUUUAAAAUAGUAGUAAGUUCUGAGAACAUCACAACUGUCAGCCUUCCCCUGCCACAAUCUGCAUAUUCUUUCUAAUUAAAAACAGAUCUUCCUUUUUUCCUUCCCCCCUCCCUCCAUCUCUCUAUGGUCAUAAGAAUGGAUGAUCUUAUGGCACACCAUAAAUGGCACAUUUAAUGUUA